UCUCUGCAACUGCAACGCUUUCUCCUUUCCCUUCUCUUUUUCCCACCGAGUCACGUGACUCAGUUGCCCCGAGUCCUGACUCACCCACGCGACAUCAUCAUCAUCAUCAUGGUCCCUUCCCACUUUGUACUCCAUAAAUUCCCUUCAAUAGCGCUUUCUCCCAAAUCCAAUGUUCAACCUGCAACCAACUUCUCCACAUGCUUCUCUGAAAUCCGCGUUUUCGUUUGUUCGAAAUCGAAAUGGCCGAGGCUGAUGAAUCCACCGCCGCCGCCGCCGCAUUUGGGGUUCCCGGAACGCCUGCUAUCAGGGAAGCGAGACCCGAGACGGGGACCCGUAGGAUUGAUACAGGGUUCGGGUCGGGUGGGAACCCGAUUCAUGGGGUUAGGAGGGUGAAUCUGCGAGCUGAAAUUGAUACGUCUCCGCCUUUUGAGUCGGUUAAGGAGGCCGUGACCCGUUUCGGUGGUAGCGGGCCUUGGUUACCCCUUUACAGGCUUGGAGAGGCUUUUGACAAUUUGGAAGAUUUUGACAUAAAGAAAGUGGAGGAACAAGCAGCAGAGUUGGAGAAGGAUUUGAUAGUCAGAGAACUUGAAACACUUGAUGUACUUGAAGAGCUGGGAGCUACCAAAAGGAUCGUGGAGGAAUUAAAGCAGCAACUACAAAAAGAUGCGUUGAAAUGCUUGGCGACUCCAGAUAUCAACUCUUGUGAACAGAUUGGAACUCCAGUUAUUAAGGAGAUGAAUAAGGAAAAUUAUGGAAACAUUGUCAGCAAUCAAGAACAGAUGUUACACAUUUCUAGCUCCUGCUCUAUGUCAUCACCUGAUCUGAUCUUGAUGGAGUUGAAAGAAGCCAAAGUAAAUCUUGGUCAAACUAUAAAUGAACUCGAGGUGAUUCAAUCCUCUGUUGAAUCGUUAAAUAAGAAAAUGAAGAAGGAUAAAAGUUUUCUUGAGAGAACUCGUGCAAAGCUAGCGUCAAAGUUUGCAGCUGUCUCUGCUCACGAGAGGGUGCAAGAGCAAACAAGAUUGAAUCCACCAUCAUCUCAUGCAGAAUGCACUUUUGAUCAACCUGCUAAUAAUAUGAGGAAUUUCAAUUCUGAUUCUGAACAGCAUAAUAGAAUGGUUGAAACAAGAAGUUCUGAAGGUUCAAAUCCAUUAACAAUCUAUGGAGGGCAUGGAUUCAGUGUUAAGACAGCCGAGAUGAGGUUGCUUGCGGCUAAAAAGAUGGAAGAAGCUGCAAGGGCAGCUGAAGCUAUUGCUCUUGCUGAAAUCAAGGCUCUAUCUGGUGCUGAGAGAGUGUCAGAGUUUGCUCUGCCGGAACCUGAGAGAGUCACAUUUUCUUUUGCACCGCGUUCUCCUCUAACCUUCAGGGAUCAGAUACCUGAGGACUCGACUCUAAAGAAGGUAAUAGAUCCAAAGUUUCGUAUUGAUGAAACCAACAUUUCUAAACAGACUAUUUUGAAGAAGCUGAAGGAAGCAUCAGAAGAAGUUCUACACAGCAAAGAAGUAUUGGCAGAUGCUUUAAACAGAAUUGAGUCUGCAAACAGAAAGCAACGUGCUGCUGAGGAGGCUCUACGGCGAUGGAUUCCGGAGGCUGAUCUGAAGAAGCAAGCAGUGUGCGACUCUUUUAACUGCGACAAGUGUAGUCAAGCUGGAAUGUGUCAAGAUUCUUCUCUACCAACUAGAGCAAACAAUGAUCCAAAGCCUGUUUUAAGGCCCACAAUUUCAAUGAGAGAUGUACUUAGCAGAAAGCAAGUUCCUGAAGGAUAUGAUACAAGAAAAGAGAUGGAAGAGCACACUGAAAGACAAAAGGUAGCAUUGAGUCAAAUGCUCCGUGCAUUGAGGGAAGAUCUAACUGUUCCACCGAAAGCCGAAAAAGACGGGAGUGAUCAAAAGCAGUUCGUAGCACAGAGGAAGAAGUUUGGAUUCAUCCAAAUAUCAUUCCCAUUGGCAAAGCCAAGUAAGAAAAAGGCAUGAAAUUUUAAUCCUAAUGCCUUUGCAAGGAUGAAUAGCCGUUCCUCGUUCAUCUUUUAUGUAAUCCCAUGCCAUUAUUUGUUGGUUCAUGUGGUUGCUUUCCUGAUAUUGAAUUGCAGUUUGUCUGGGUGUGUGAUUUUGCUAAAUAUGUUGUAUUUGAGUGAAGGCCUAUAUUCUGUAACUAGCUUUGAUAGGAGCUAAUAGAUUAUGUUGUUCUUGUUGGAUGCUUUAGAGUGAUGCGAGUUUAUUCACUGUAUGAAGAAGAUCUUACCAUCACGUGGAUGCCUUGUUAUAGCAAUAUAUGAUAAAUUUGUAUUUGUGGACAUAUAAACUUAUGAGAAACUUCAAAUUUCAAUUCAUAGAGCACUGGUUGUAUAAAUGAUCUUGUCUGGUCCAAAAGCUGUAACGCUUUUUCUGUCCGCAAGAAGAUUGUAAAGGACAGUAAUGGAAACCCACGUUCAGCUUGCAUAAUCUUCAAAUGGAGGCAAAUCCUACUCGCAUGGGUUGAAAUCCAAGAGUGAGUUCAAAACUUGGUCUGCUCAGCAUGUGAAGAUCUAUCCAUCCUUGGAUCAGGAACCACAAUAACAGGCAUCCCAGCAUUCUUAGCUGCAAGGACUCCUGCGGGCGCAUCUUCAAAAACAAGUACAUUCCAAGGAUCUACUGGUCCACCCUCAAAUCUCUUGGCUGCUGCAUGAAAUACAUCCGGUGAUGGUUUGCCUUGUUUAACUUCAGGGUCAUCACCAACAACAACAUGAUGCAUGAUAG